CAUGAGCAUAGGGCUCGCCUAUGUGACAAAAUGAUCCUUCAGCGGCAGCCAGUGGGCAGCUGUGGGCACACUCCCUACUCACGCACGAAUGCCCAGGUGACCUCUCUCUAUAUAUACAGACCCUUCCUGACCCUGCCUUCUAGGAGUUCUGGCUGGGACUGCAGGAGACAAGGCCCAUUUUGAACAGAGUGCCCUCCACUUUCUUGUUCUCCCAUCCUGACUUUUGUCUUCAGACACAGAAGCCGUCUCCAUCCGUGUCCUGUUGGGUACUCCCACCCUGGCUCUGUUGUGAUCGUCUCCCAUCGUCCCAGGAUGUUGUCCUUUCCCCGUGUGGUGGCCUGCUCACGGACCUGCUCCCGCUUCCUUGGGCUGAGCCUCGGAACUGCAUCACUGUUUGCCGCCGGAGCCAACAUCGCACUCCUCUUUCCUAACUGGGAUACGACCUACCUGACGAGGGGCCUCAUUGGCAAGCAUGCCAUGCUGGGCGCUGGGAUCUGGGGAGGAGGAUUCAUGGUACUCGUGGCAGCAACUCUCAUCUCCCUGACGGGCUACUUCAGCGACAGAGCACCCUGUCUGCACAUGCUCAUUGCUCUGUUGUCAAGCAGCCUGACUCUGCUGGGGGCCUUGGUUUGCUUUGUCACUUCUGGAGUAGCCUUGCAAGAUGGUCCCUUUUGUAUGUUCGACACCUCAUCCUUCAAUCAGACACAAGCUUGGAAAUUUGGCUAUCCCUUCAAAGAUCUUCCCAACAGGAAUUAUUUGUAUGACAGUUCACUCUGGACCUCCGUCUGCCUGGAGCCCUCUAAGGCUGUGGUUUGGCACGUGGCCUUCUUCUCCACCCUCGUGUGUAUCAGCCUCCUCCAGCUUCUCCUGGUGGCCAUUCAUGUCAUCAAUAGCAUCCUUGGGCUGUUCUGCAGCUUCUGUGAGAAGAGUUAGCAGGGAAGAAGGAACCUUUGACCUAUAAAACACGUCAAGAGCAUCCUUUAUCAGAAGGAAGGAGAACCCUUUGUUUAAGGAAAGAUGAGGCUCCAGAGAGGAGGUGUGGGCUUAGGGUAAGCUGGCCUUUCCUAAACCUUUCCAAGGAGGGACCCAUGAAGUGGCUCAUGGGUAAAGAUGCUUGCUGCUAAGCCCGAAGACCUGAGGCUUAAUCUCCAGAACCCACGUGGUGGAAAGAAAGAACAGACUCUUGU